UAGAGGACAUGGAGAAAGGAUCAGAAGGCACCAUGGAGAGGAAAUGGAUUCGACCAGAUUUGCCCAGCAGAUGCACUUGGAAACUUGGUGACCCAAAUACAGAGUCACCCCACAAGCACUUCCGACGAAAAAAGGCACCCAGUAUCCUUCCCAACAUUUUAAGCUGGAUUGGAGAGACCCCACUGGUCCGCAUUAACAAGAUUCCUAAAGCUUUUGGCCUCAGGUGUGAGCUUUUGGCUAAAUGUGAGUUCUUCAGUGCUGGUGGCAGCUUGAAGGACAGAAUCGGCCUGCGUAUGUUAGAGGAUGCUGAGAGAGACGGAGUCCUUAAACCUGGAGAUACCAUUGUUGAGCCCACGUCAGGAAAUACAGGGAUCGGUCUUGCCCUGGCAGCAGCAGUCAAAGGUUAUCGCUGCAUCAUUGCCAUGCCUGACAGGAUGAGCAUGGAAAAGGUGGACGUGCUCCAUGCUCUCGGUGCAGAGAUUGUUCGUACACCUUCCUCGGCCCGAUUUGACUUUCCUGAGUCUCAUGUGGGGGUGGCUUGGCGUUUGAAGAACGAGAUUCCUAACGCUCACAUUCUGGACCAGUACCGCAAUCCCAGCAACCCCCUGGCCCAUUAUGACACCACUGCAGAGGAGAUUCUGGAGCAGUGUAAAAUAGACAUGCUGGUGGCUGGAGCUGGCACUGGUGGCACCAUUACCGGCAUUGCUCGCAAGCUGAAGGAGAGAUGCCCUAAUAUCAAGAUAGUUGGAGUGGAUCCUGAGUCCUCUAUAGUUGCUGAGCCGGAGGAACUGAAUAAGACUAAAAAAACUCCAUAUGAGAUUGAGGGCAUCGGAUAUGAGUUCAUUCCAACUGUUCUGGACAGAUCUGUGGUGGAUAGUUGGUACAAGUCCAAUGAUAAAGAGUCCUUUACCAUGUCUCGUAUGCUGAUCAGAGAGGAGGGUCUUCUGUGUGGUGGUAGUUCAGGUGCAGCCAUGGCUGCAGCAGUGCAUGUAGCCAAAGAGCUGAAGGAAGGCCAGCGCUGUGUGGUGAUCCUCCCGGACUCAGUCCGCAACUACAUGUCUAAAUUUCUUAGUGACGAGUGGAUGCGUGAAAAAGGCUUCCUGAGUGAGGAGGAUCUUGUCAACAAGCCAUGGUGGUGGAAUCUCACUCUACAGGAGCUUCGGCUCUCCACCCCACUGACUAUGUUGCCUUUAGUGUCCAUCAAGCAGACCAUUCAGAUCCUGAAAGAACAGGGUUUUGACCAAGCCCCUGUGGUGGACAAGGCCGGGCAGAUUCUGGGCAUGGUCACGCUGGGGAACAUGUUAUCGUCUGUUGUGGCUGGAAAGGUCAGGCCAUCUGAUCCCAUAAGCAAAGUUCUUUACAAACAGUUUAAACAGGUGUGCCUAACUGAUAACCUGGGCAAACUCUCACGUAUCCUUGAGACGGACCAUUUCGCCCUUGUUGUGCAUGAACAGAUUCAGAACAUGAACAAUGGAUCCCCCAAGAUGAAGCAGAUGGUGUUUGGGGUGGUGACGGCCAUUGACCUGCUGAACUACGUGGCCACACGUGAGAGGAGGGAAAGCUCGCCGUCUGAGUGCAUGAUUAAUAGUAAUUGACAAAGCAAAUAACAAGUGUGUUUGGUAAACCAAACUGCACCCAGACUAACAGUGUUUUGUACUUGCUUUAAACGUACCACUUCACGAGUUCACACUUACAUAUAAUAAACUGAGUAAAGUUUAUGUUUAUUUGGUGUGCUGUCCGGGAGAGGGCUUCGAGCUCGGUAAUCAUUCCCGAACCCGGGGGAGAGGGGUCCGAGCUAGGCAUUUUAGCCCGAACUCAAAGCGCAUAAUGACGGUAAGACUGCUUCGGUUAUUUGUAGGGAUUCUCUCGUGCUGACUAGAUAGGGAGUGUCAUUGCUGAUGAUGAAUUGGCCGUUUUAAUUAUCUGUGCGUGCUCCUCCUGAAAUUUUCUAAUAAAACAUCACUUUGUGUUAAGUAAAUUUGAUCGUUCUUUUCAUUUUUCUGUUAUUUUUGUCUGACCUCUUGUAAAUCAAAACUGUAUUGUACAGAGGCUGAAAAUGAUUGUUUGUAUAUAGGAGUUAAUGUGAAGUAAAUGAAUGUGAGUGAGGGUGCAUUAUGGUUUCUGUGCAUGAAGCUGGAGUCUUUGGCUCAGAAUGUCUUUACUGUAUGUCAUUUGAUUUCCUUUUUCUUGAAUCUCA